AGUCCCGCGGCCCAUGGAGAUCCCCCUCAAGUCCCUCCCCGGCGGGCGGGCCGCCGCCAGCGGCAGAAACAUGAUGACUCAGUCAGAUUUAGAUCUAAAAGAGACAACUUUGAAAGAGGAUUUGAAGUUUUACUUCAUGAACCCAUGUGAAAAAUACAGAGCAAGACGUCAGAUACCAUGGAAACUGGCUUUGCAGAUUUUGAAGAUACUUAUGGUUACGACACAGCUUGUUUUUUUUGGUUUGAGUAACCAGCUGGUGGUCUCAUUCAAAGAGGAAAACAUUGUUGCUUUUAAACACCUAUUCCUGAAGGGCUAUUCUGGAGCUGAUGAAGACGACUACAGCUGCAGUAUAUAUACACAACAGGAUGCUUAUGAUAGCAUUUUUUAUGUUAUUAAUCAGUACAGGCACUUAAAGAACAUAUCCCUGGGGACACUUGGUUAUGAGCAUGAAGAAUCAGGUCUAAAAAUCUGUAAACAGCAGUACAAGAGAGGCACAAUGCUUCCUUCCAAUGAUACACUGAGCAUAGAUGUUUCUACUGAAACAGAAUGUAUCCUUUUAAAGCCAAAGGAACUAACUGGUAAGAAGGUUGAACUGAAGCUGAACUCUUCUUUUUUCAAUCUUGAAUUUUACAGGCUUAUACAGGUUGAAAUCUCCUUCAAGCUGAAAGGCAUUGCUCUUCAGACAAUCCAUGCUCGUGAAUUGCCUGACUGCUAUGCAUUUCAAAACACUAUAACUUUCAAUAAUAGAGCCCACAGUGGAAAAAUCAAGGUCUAUUUUGAUAGUGACACCGACAUUCAGGAAUGCAAAGACUGGCACAUAUUUAACUCAGUUUUAAACUACUAUUCCAGUGAAUACUGUUGUAUGGAACUUGAACAUUGCCACAUUUUUCAUCCAAGGCGACCUGUAGCUAAACAUCUAAAUGCUUGUCAACAGAGAUUUGUGAAUUUCUUCCUGGAGAAAUACAAGCGCCGCGUCUGCUAUGCUGACCGCCUGGAGUUCCUGAACGGGUGGUAUGUCCUGGUAAUUAUCAGUGAUGUGAUGACAAUCAUUGGGUCAAUCCUAAAAAUGGAAAUAAAAGCCAAGAACCUCACAAGUUAUGAUGUCUGCAGCAUUUUACUUGGAACAUCAACUUUGUUUGUCUGGGUUGGAGUCAUCCGAUACCUGGGAUAUUUUCAAACCUACAAUGUGCUCAUUUUGACUAUGCAGGCAUCGUUGCCGAAAGUGCUGCGGUUUUGUUGUUGUGCUGGGAUGAUCUAUCUUGGCUAUACUUUCUGUGGUUGGAUUGUCCUGGGACCUUAUCAUGAGAAGUUUGAAGAUCUGAACACAGUGGCUGAAUGUCUGUUUUCUUUGGUCAAUGGUGAUGAUAUGUUUGCCACAUUUGCUCAAAUCCAAGAGAAGAGUUCCCUGGUGUGGAUGUUCAGCCGGUUAUAUCUGUACUCCUUCAUUAGUCUGUUUAUAUACAUGAUCCUCAGCCUUUUUAUUGCACUCAUUACUGACUCCUAUGACACCAUAAAGAAAUACCAACAAAGUGGUUUUCCAGCAACAGAUUUACAUGAAUUUCUAAAAGACCAUAGCAGCGCUGGCUACAGAAAAGACAGAACAACUUUUCCGCUCAUCUGCUGCUGCAGGAGACAACAGAGUGAUGACAACUUGAUACUUAUUAAUUGAUGGCUGCACAUUGAAAUUCACUACUGAUAUAUGCAAAGAAAGCAUAGUGGUAUGGAGAAGGAUAAUUCUCCAAAUUGCAGUGGAACCUGCCAUCUGGAUCUGCCUCAUGAACAGACUUGUCUUAGCUAAUUAAGGUUUUGGGGCAAGAAAGGUAUUGAUGUGGCUGACAACAGGAGACCCAGCAGCUGUGUCUGGAGAAGAGCUGUGAAGAAUUCUGUAUUCUUGCCUCAAGUUCUGUCAUGUUAGAGAAAACUGAUCCUUGAGCAUUGUCUGUGGAAGCUCUGUUUGCUAAUGACAUUGAGGAGAAAGGAAAAUGGCCUUGAAUCAACUGUUGUUGUUAAUAAGAAAAAGAAUGAUACAAAAAUAA